UCACGCUUUGUUGACGACGGGGGCGCGACAGGGUGUGUGUGGUGACGGUGGGUAGUGGGCCGAGGGGUGCGCUCGUGACACCCAGUAGAAAUUCGGGAGGGAACCAGGACGCAGCGAAUCGCUAGCGCAGGCGGCAUUUCGUGACAAGACGUCAGCUGGGACGGUGUGCGACGUAGUUAUGGAAGGAAGACAAAUAGGCUGAAGAGGAUCAAUCGAAGUUCACCGCCAAGUCACCAAUUGUGCCAUUGAUACGCCCAACCUCUCACCGUAGAACUACCCUUCACUCGUCUUCUCCAUUGGACAGCGCGAUGAGCCAUCACGUCUGACGGCUGACCAUGGCCGACCUGGUGGGCUUCCCGCCGGGCGGAGACGCUGCCUGCGCGCCGGCCGAGCUGCAGCAGCUCAUCGCCGACCAGACGCAGCGCGCCGACAAGCACCGGGCCAACUACCAGGCGCUGAAGGCGCAGCACGGCCGGCUACAGGACGAGCUGGCCGCCGCGCAGACGGAGCUGGCGCUGCUGCGCGCCGAGCGCCAGUCGGCCGCCGAAAAGUUCCAGCAGCUGCUGACGCAGUCGCGGCGCGACAUUCAGGCCAAGGACCAGCAGAUCACCGAGCUACAGGCGCAGAUCCCGUCCCGCGAGCACCUCGAGUACCAGCAGCUGCAGGCCCGCGAGGAGGUGAAGGCUCAGAUGCGCGACAAACUGCUCAAAGCCGAGGAGGAGCUGGAGGCACUGCGUGCCGAGGCGCAGGAGCUCAAGUACCAGCGCAGCUGUCUGACGACCGAGACCGAGCAGCUGCGCCAGCAGCACAGUCGCGAGCUGCAGGAGAUGCGCGUGCGGCACCAGGUGCAGCUCUCCGAGCUGGAGACGCAGCGCGACCAGCUGCGCGCCUACAAGAUGGUGGGCGAGGAGGAGCUGACUGCGCGUCUGCUGCCCGUGCAGAAGGAGAACGCCGCGCUGCAGCUGCGGCUGCGUAACCAGCAGGCAGAGCUGCAGGAGGCGCGCGCGCAGGCCGAGGCGGCCCAGUCGGAGCGCGCUGCGCUGCAGACUGGCAUGGAGCGGCGCCAGGCGGAGCUGACGGUGGCGCUGCGCGUCUCGGAGACGGAGCGAGCGCAGCUCAGCAGCCAGCUGGAGGCCAGCCGCCAGCAGCAGGCCGAGCUGCAAUCGCGGCUGGCAGCGGCCGAGCUGCAGCUGCAGCGAGAGACCAGCCGCGCAACCCAGCUGGCCGGCCGACUGGCCGACAGCGAGCAGCAGUACAAACGACAGGUGGCCGACCUUCAGCUGGAGGUGUCGCGGACGCGCGGCGAGGCCGACCGGGAGAAGGCGGCAGCGCUGCGGCAUGUCCAAGAGUUGGAGCACCGUCUGUCGCUCAGUGAAGAGAAGGUCGCCUCCCUGGAGGCAGUCGCCGCCGACGCCGAGCGGCAGCUGGAGCGACGCGUGGCCCAGGCACGGGAUCGCGAGUGGAACAACACGCGGGAGCUGCGCCAGCAACUGCUGGAGGUGGAGACCAAGCUGCAGGAGGCGCAGCAGGAGAGCCUGCAGGCCGUCAACGAGAAGGCCGAGCUGACCAAACAGUGCGAGCAGCGCAUCGCGGAGGUGCUCGACAUGAAGAAACGGCUCGAGGCCGACCUGUCCGUGCUCCGCACCAAAAUGAAGACCUACGACGAAAUGUGUGCCGACCUCGAGGAACAGAACGACAAUGUGUCCAAGCUGCGUCAGGAGCUGAACGCCGAGCGCUCCAUCGUCACAGAGUUGUCACGAGAAAUGAAACAAAUUCAGGAGGAGAAGACGGCAGUUGAGAAGGAGUUGGACGGUAAAGUGGAGGAGCUCCGGUCACUGGAGCGAUCCAACGCCGAACGUCAGGAGCGUGCCGAGCGCCAGCUGACCGCCAAGGAGCAGGAGGCGGCCGAGGAGCGGCGACGGCUACAGGAGCGGCUGGAGCAGCUGGAGCGGCGCCGGCUGCAAGCGCAGCAGGAGCGCGACGACGUUCAGAGCAAGACACACAAGUACGCCCGGCUGAUCGGCAAGCUGCGCCGCCGCCUGGAGCUGUGUCAGGCGGAGACGAAGCAGCUGGCCGCCGAGCGAGACGCCUUCAGCCGCUGUGUACCCGAGCAUACGUACAACGAGCUGCGCAAACAGCACCGCGCCCUGCAGCGCAAGCAGCGCGAGUUCGCCGGCAUGCUGCAGUCGCUGGGCGGGCCGGACGUGUCUGCCGGCCUGGCGGCGCAGCUGCAGCUGCUGCAGGCGCGGCUCGGCGCCGCCCAGCUGGACCCGGCUGACUGCAGCCCGGCCUCCCCGGCGGCGGCGACUGUCUCACCGCGCCGGCCGCGCUACCGGCGCUCGCCGUCCCGGCCGGCCGGCAGCGGCGCGCCCUACCGCAGCUCGCUGGUCACCGACACGGACGGCACCGGCUGACGACGGCCGGCCGCGCCGCUGGCCCGGCUCGCCGACACGAGCUGACGGCCCAGCGGCGGCCGGCCCGGGCGCUGCUCCACGCAGCCGACAGACUCCGCUCGGCAGCGAGCGGUAUGUCCUGUCACCAAACUCGGCUCUCUACAAGCUACUCAUAGGUGCAAGGAAGGUUAUACUCAGCAGGCACACGCCCAGCGUGAUAAUAGGCGGUUAGUGCUUCCCAACGACAUAAGGUCUUCAGCACAGGUCUUGUACAAGGAAUUGAUGCUACGAAUGACACCUGUGAUUGUACCUAAGAGAACCUACAUCCAUCCGAAUUCUUCCAAGUGACUGCGAAUCAUGUACGGAGGAAAACUCCUCAAAGUGAACAAAUCUAGUCAACAGAUCGACCUGCGUCGCUGUCAAAUUGUAGUCCUUUUAUAUUUAGUGCAGUCGUAUAUUGCUCGACAAAUGUUACUUGUUAUGUUAUUACUUAUUAUUGAUCAUGAGAUCAUGUAAGUUCGACUACCCAUGCAAUUACAUCAAACGACAUAUUCAAAUAUACCUGAAAAAUGAAA